AUGAAAUGGCUGCCAAACGAUGAUACUUUCAUCUUUACCUUUGAUAUGCGCAGUGACCUAAAACCGAUUUUGGAACAUGGCUACGUCCCUACCAAACGGGAAGUGUUGAAGGUGGUCAUGAGUCUUUUUGACCCGUUAGGCUUGUUAUCAUUUUUCUUGGUACAUGGCAAAGUUCUUAUCCAAGAUAUUUGGGCUGCGGGCAUUACAUGGGACGAAAUAAUCGGAGAACAGUUGUACGUACGGUGGCAGCAGUGGAUCAACUUGUUUCCAGAAUUAUGCAAUCUUAGAAUACCGCGAUGCUAUUUCCGAGAAUCACUCCCAAAGGAACUGAAAACCCUAGAGUUGCAUGUUUUCGUAGAUGCAAGUGGUUCGGCUUAUGCAUGCGCUGCAUACUUUCGCCUGGAAACUGGAAAUCAGGUUCAAGUUGCUUUGGUUAUUGCUAAAACGAAGGUAACUCCAAUAAAGACGUUGUCCAUUCCUCGGCUUGAGCUGAAGGCGGCAGUUCUGGGGGUACAUCUGGUGGAGGCGAUUCAAAACCACCACAAGCUCCAUAUUACACGGAAAAUUCUUUGGAGCGAUUCGACAACAGUUUUGGCGUGGAUCCGAUCAGACCAUCGCCGGUAUCGAAAAUUCGUCGCAAUACGCAUUGGUGAAAUUCUUACGGCAAGCAGUCCAGAAGAAUGGCGUUGGGUACCCUCCGAAAUGAAUGUCGCUGAUAAAGCUACCAAAUGGCAUAAUGGGCCAAACUUCAAUCAAAACAAUCCCUGGUUUUGCGGCCCCACGUUCCUGAAAAAGCCAGAGACACACUGGCCAAAACCUCCUCAAUCCUUCACUACAAAGGAGGAGUUGCGUCCAAAUCAGGUUCACUGGUUGUCUGUUCCACUAGUAGAUACCACAAGGUUCAGCAAGUGGACCACGCUCCACCGUAUGAUGGCUUACGUGUUUCGGUUUAAAAUCAAUCUUCGACGAAAGCAAUGUAGCCAAAAUACCGAAACAGGACCAUUGAAUCAAGAUGAGCUGAAGAAAGCUGAAGAAAGUCUUUGGCGAAUGGCACAAAGGGAAGCAUUCCAUGACGAAAUCAAGGUUCUACGGUUGACACAAGGAUCCGCCGAAGCACGACACGGUAUUGUAAAGAAGUCAAGCUCGAUCUACAAAGCAUGUCCAUAUAUGGACAACCAAGGAAUUCUCAGAGUGCGAGGUCGUAUUGCAGCAUGCCCCUUUGCGUCUUUUGAGGCUAAGUUCCCUUGUAUUCUACCGAGAAAUCAUCGUAUCACGCAACUUAUCGUGGAUUGGUACCACCGCCGUUAUCGCCAUGCGAACCGUGAGACGGUGGUGAAUGAAUUAAGACAACGGUUCGAUAUUGCUAAACUCAGAGCCUUGGUAGAAAAAAUAGAAAAACAGUGCUUGAUCUGUCGCAUAAAGAAGGCAUCAUGUCGUGCACCGCUUAUGGCUGCAUUACCGCUUGCAAGACUACAGGCUUACAUCAAACCAUUUACGGCAGUCAGCCUCGAUUACUUCGGUCCUAUAUUGGUAAAGGUUGGGAGAUCCCAAGUGAAACGAUGGGUAGCACUUUUUACCUGCUUGUCAAUCAAUGGUCGUCCAUAG